AUGAGUUUAUUAAGUGCAGUUCUGCAAGAAGUGGAUAAAGUGAGUACAGAAGAUUUGAAAAAGCAUCUGGAUGUAUUACUUCCGAAGAUGCAAGAUUUUACAGUAAGGUUGCAACAUUUGUCGUCUGCUUUACAAGAGAAUUUUACUGACAGUUACGUGCAUUUUAAGCCUACCAAGAGUUUGGAAUAUUUAAACUAUAAGAAUAGAAGAGCUAUGAUAGUUUGUGAAUACAAUAAAAUUACGGAAGAAGUGAGAAAAUUCACUGAAAAAUUCGAGAAUACCGACAAAAAGUUCUGUGAUUUAUUCGAAAAACUUCAAAAAUGUUACGUUAUUUUUGAAAAUUUGUGCAUUGUAGUUGAAGGUAAAAAGAUUUUAGAGCAAGCUAAUCACCAAUUUGGAAGAUACUGUUACAUGGAAGCAAUGUUACUGGUGAAGAAUAUGCAAGAGAAAGUAAAGCAUGUCAAAUUCGAAGGUAUUGUUGCUGACGGUGUGGCAAAUUUAAGAGCGCAGGCUGAGAAUCAAUUGGCUUUAUACUCUGCACAUUUGAGUGUCGAAUGGGAGGAUUUAUUCAGCUGGGAAGAGAAAAAAGGAGUCAAUACUCUGACCUACUCACUAUCAGUACAACAAAGUGAUCCACCUCUUUUACAAAAAGUAUUAAAAACCCUACAUGCUACAGAUCGACUAAACUCGGAGUUAGGUUUGUUCUCACAUUUCUUCAUAGAUAAUUUACUUCACAAUGUCAUUAGACACAACUGUGACAUAUUUACAGAGGAACAUACAGGAACGUUGAUAUUUAACAUCAGAAUAAACCUGAAUGACAAUAAAAAACCAAACUAUCAGACAAUAUUUCUAAAUCUCACAGCCAUAUUUGAGUUUUUGCAAUCAACUUUAGGCUCACAAUUUGAUAAUGGCAAAAAGUUCAUUGAAAUAUUUGCUGAAUCUAUCAGAGAGAAAUUCUUUAACAAAAUAAUUGACGAUUGUGUCAAACUGAACCUACCCUCGUGCGAUAGUAGCUACCAAAACUAUAAAAACAUUGUCAUUGAAAUAGAUUCGUUUAACAAAUUCCUAAUAGAUUUAAAAUUUGUUGAAUCAGAAAAAUCACCGUUGAACAAAUAUGUGAAUGACACGGAAUGUGUCUUAUAUAACAAAAAAUGUGAUAUGUUACUGUCAGAUACUCGCAAACUCUUAAACGUGAGUCUUUCACAUGGCACUAUUACUGUAGGUGUGCAUCAAAUAGAGAAUGAAAAUGAAUCCAUACUUGAUUUUUCUAAUAAAGACAUGUUCUGGGACUUAAACAAUCCAAUCUUCCUGCCAAAAUGUGUAAUAUCGGAGAAUGUGAAAAAAAUAAUGACAAUGAUUGUUGAGCAUUUGGAAGAAAGUGUGAAAUUACCGGAGAACUACAGGAAACUUCUGGUUUCGUACAUCAGAGAUAUAGCUGUUAUGUACCAGUGUGUGGUACCUAAAACAUUUAAAGUUAAUGUAGAGUGCAUUCCUUCAGAUAUUGCUCUAUUCUUCAACAACUGUUUCUACCUAGCCCAUGGUUUGCUCGGACCACCUUGGAAGGCUAUCCUCCCAGCUGAGCUGGCCGACCAACUGACCACAACCCUGCUAGAGAGCAUCCAAGAUUUGAGAGUAUUGGGUUUGGAAAAAAUGUCCCUCUAUCUACAAAAUCAGAAGAAUUUUAUAUUACAAGAUAUUGAGGCUAAAGAUUCGACAACAUGGACUCAGGAAUCUUACGAAGAAUUCGACACAGCGAUUAAUAAAGCCCUCAAUUUACUAAAAGACCUAAAAACCAAUUGGCACAAAAUACUCCCAAUAAAAAUGUAUGAGUUGUCGAUAUGUACUUUAGUUCAGACAUUGUGCCAAGCAAUUUUGGAUCGUGUAUUCGUGGAUGCACGCCCGAUGGAAGAACACUUGGUUUAUAUGAUCGCAGUGACGCUGGAAGAUGUUGUUUCUGACAUUAUUACCUUGUUUGAGGAACCAAUAAAUUUCGAAUCGCGGAUAAGCGUGUGGACGAAAUUCACAAAAAUGCCGCUACUGUUGAAGGCACAACUGCUUGAAAUACCAGAACUAUGGAAUAAGAACAAGGAUCACUUACAGGCGUACACUUGUGAAGAGAUUCGGCAAAUUAUCAAAAUGAGAUUCCCUGACGAUAAGUACAGAUUGGAAAUUUUUUCACAGGAGAUGGUCUACGGCUAUGAAGAGAACUACGAAAACGGUCCUACAAGUGGAAGCAGAACAUCAGUGGCGUUCAUUCCACGGUCUAGUGCAGGUAGACGCCUGGGGGUAGAAGUAUUAGAUGAUAACGACAUUGGCAGAGAAAGUUCACGUCCCGAAAGCCAUUACCAACGCUAUAUAAGUGAGUGGCGCUUCCUUCGCCCAAUCAUUACGUGCUUGCCUGCGAUCGGCCGCCGACGCACUAUGCAACACCUGUCGACGGCAUUCCUGAUCUUUGCGUUAGUGAUCGUCGUCAUUCAAGAUGGAGCGACGGCAGAGUUCUUCAACUACGAUCAGACAGAUCAAGUAGCACAGGAGUCGAAGAACCGUGCCGUGACCAUCAUUGAUGGCCCCAAGUACGUAGCGCCUUCGACUCCGAAGCCGACCCCGCCAACGGCAUCCAACCACACGUACAAACCUGAACAGAGGCCACCGAACAAACCUCCUAUAAACCACAAUCGUGAUAAGCAUGGAAAACAGAAAUACGUUGAACCGCCACGAGUCUACUAUGGUCAAAUACAAAAUCUGCCCCCGUUACGACACCAUUACCAAAAACCGCUUAAACUACAACAACAACCAUCCACAGCGUAUAAGUACCACAAAGUGAUACCUCUGCAACCCAGCAGAAAUCCCUUUUACAAUAACAAACAACCUCUUAUUUUUGCCGCAUCGACGAUUAAACCACAACAUGUACCCAAAAGUCCAAAAUUCAGCCUUCCUGUAGAAACUAUUAACGGUAUCCGCGCUGAUUUUGUGCGGCCACCGCACUUCGCCAAUUCAACAGUAGCUAUCACUACUACAACUACUACAACAACAGCCUCUACAACUACGGCUACAAAGCACUUAAGAACUAAAAGAAUAUGGCCCAAACGGAUACUAGAAAAGAUGAACGCGGUUAAUAAAACAGCCGGAAACAGCACCCAGUCAGGUAACAGCACCAAAGGGGAACUUCAAGCGUCAUCGAGCAACCAAAGAUUCAACUACGUCAAUAAACCCGAAUACACCUUGACGACGACGCUAGAGCCUACAACCCGUAGAUACCAAAGAGUAACCAGAGUCUCCAAAAGAAGGACUUCCAGCACUCCAGCACCAUCAAAUUACAGCACUUUUGCACCUAACGACUGGGUGCCCAUCGUACCAUCACAUUUCACGGUAAAAAAAGUAAGGAAAUCCAAACUGAUUCCUAUACAUAGACGCAAGAAUGUCAUGCAAAGGCGAUCAGAUGUUUCAUUUUAUGAACCAAGCGAAAAUUUUGCCGCGAACAAACGAGUCUAUUAUUUGCAAUCUUUCGGUCUACUUCCAGUAGCAAAACCGCAAAAAUAUGAGAGCUCUCCCACACCCUCUUCGUAUGCAAGAAAAAAUAUAAUAUUCGUCGGAAAAGCAAAGAAACUGAAGCCACAUGUGUAUUCUGGUUCCAGAGGUAAACCGGUCCUACACACGUCGCAAGUUAUCGGAGACUACCAGAGCAGCGCGAGUCACCCAUCGAAAAUCGUCACACGAAUCAAGCAUCAUCACCAUCACCACCACCACAGAUACGUCAAAACAGUCGACAAGCCCGUCCGCGUGGAGGUGCCCAAGCCCGUGCCCGUUCCUGUGCCAGUACCAAUGCCCGUAAAAGUGGAGCAUAAGGUGCCCUAUCCGGUGCCAGUUCAAGUUCCUCACCCUAUACCUGUGAAAGUUGUCGAAAAGGAAUACGUUCCGAAGCCGUACCCUGUGUUCCAGCAAGUGCCAGUUGUGAAACAUGUCCCAGUGAAAGUUCCGCAGCCCGUACCAGUAGAGGUUGAGAAACGAGUGCCAGUCCCAUAUAAAGUGGAAGUAGCAGUGCCCAGACCUUUUCCGGUCGCUGUGCCCGUCGAAAAGAGAGUACCAUACCCAGUUCCCGUCAAGGUACUUGUGCCGCAGCCAAUUCCUGUCGAGACUAGGGUACCAUAUCCUGUACAAGUGCCUGUCAAAGAACAAGUUGAAGUGAUAAAGCAUGUACCUGUUAAUGUACCUUACCCGCAGCCGUACCCUGUCAAAGUGCCUCAGCCAAUACCUUUUCCAGUAGAAAAAAAGGUACCGUACCCAGUGGAGGUUGAAAAGAAAAUACCAUUACCUGUACCCUUUAAAGUACCAGUACCUCACAAAGUGGAAGUGGAGAAGAAAGUGCCAGUUUAUAUACCAAAACCUUUCCCUGUCGAAAAGAAAGUACCCGUGCCAGUGAAAAUUCCAUACCCUGUUAGAAUACCUUUUAGGGUUCCAGUUGGCAUUCCUAUUCUCAUACAUACGAAUCCCAUUGAUAACUAUGACGAGCGCGUUGUUACUAGCCACGUGACUGUUAACGACGAAGAUGUAACUACCACUCCGAGGCAACAAUCGCAUUAUGCUUACAACGUGAAUAGCAACACAGAUACAAAUUUACAAGAAAUAACCACCACUCCGAGGCAACAAUCGCAUUACGCUUACAAUGUGAAUGGCAACACUUUGUCAAAUUCACCAAGAAUAACCACCACCAGACAACAAUCACAUUACGCUUACACUGUGAAUGGCAACACAGUGACAAAUUCACCAAGAAUAACCACCACUCCGGGACAACACUCCUAUUACGCUUACUCUGUUAAUGGCAACACAGUAACUAAUACACCAGCUAACACAGUACCAAUACACGGAAGUGCAGGGUCAGUACACGGGAAUACGGCGACGGAAGUCCCACAACACACGGUGACCUACCAUGGCAACACGGUGGCGUCCAGUCCGCAUCACACAGUGACUGUUCACGGAAGUACACGCGGGAAUACAAAGUUCAAUGGAUUCCAGUCUCGAUCCGAUUUUGUUGAAGAAACGACACAGCCUUAUUCGGAAGCGAGAACUAUCAUACCGUUGAGCACGAACAGUUUAACUGAAAACACUGAAAUUACUACUAUAGUUUCAAAUGCGGCUACGACUAACUCUGAAACAACAUUCAAAGAUUUAAGUAAAGAUAAUAGGAUAACGCAACGGUAUGAACCUAUCAGUAUGUCAGGUACGGAAGCACCCGGUAGGAUAAACACCGAAAUGUCGACCAUGUUGACAUAGAACCUUGAUAAAAACUUGAUUCUACAAUCUUUAAUUAUGUACAUAUUCAAUUAUUUACCGUAAUAUCUGUAUUAAAUAGACAAUCUUUAUGUAAUUAUGAUAGAUAAUCGUUAAGUCUAACUAAAUUAUUGUCGCGUGUUUGUGUUUACUGUACUAAAAGUACUAUAAUUGUGGAACGAGAGUAAAUGAAUGAUGCUG